UCAAUUAAUUGCGCACCCUUCUUGGCCGUAACGUAGGAGAAGAAAAAUCUAAACAUGCAAUUCAUUUUUCCCUCCUAAUCAAAUUCCCAAUACUAUGGCUAAUUUACACAGAAAAUCAGUUUCCCCUCCAUCUUCAAACCCUCUCUUCUCCACUAUCAUCACUCUUUACACUCUCAUUCUUCUCUACUUCCCCACCAAUUACCAAACAAUUCUUUUCUCUCCGGUUUUCCUUUCCACUUCACUUCUUUUACUUUCCCUUCUAAGACUUGGUCAAACUCAGAAAACUAACAAAGAGGAUAAUUACCAAGGAAAAGAAAAGAAACCCAAUUCAGAGGAAUUCAUUUCCACCCAAAAAUCAUCAUCACUGGUUUCCCGGGUUGACCCGAACCCGAAUCCGGUUCCAUUACUAGUUUCGGGUGAUCAUGAUUACACAUGUGUUUCACACGAAUCCAGUGUGCACCUCAAAACCGAGCAAGACCCGGAUCUUGGCACGAACCCGAACUUUAACCCGAAACCCGAUACGUUUUACGCAGAAUCAUUCGUUGAAUGGAACGUGAGAGCUCCAUUGGAGGUGAUUCAAGAGGAGUAUGAAGAUGAGAAAUUCUACUACACGGAUACGGAUAUGGACACGGGUGCCAAUACUUCGUCGGGCGGGGAAUCACCGGUUAUCGGAAACUGGGACUCGCCGGGGAAUUUGUGUUUCCGGUGGGAGGAAGAAGAUAGGGAAGGAUUAAUAGAGAUUGAAUUGGACGGGAAGAGGAGUUGUGAAGCUGAAGAAGAGAAUUUGAUCGAAAUUGAUCUGACUCCGUCGAAUUUCCCGGGAGAUGACGUGGCAACUCAUAGGACGAUGGUACGAUGAUGUUUUAGAAACAAUUAACUUUGUUUUCCGUAGAAGAUUUAAAUUAUAUGCGUUGAUAAUGUAAAAUGUUUUUGCACCACAAACUUUAGUUUAAUAAUUAAAUAAUUAUUUAUUUCCUUUCUUUUGUUUUUCUUUCUUUCUCUUACUUUUUUCCUUUUCCCCGUGGUAAUGUAUGGUUGGACUUGUUUACAAAGUGAAGAGCAUGUAAUUUGUUACAAAUUUUCAACCUUAA